UUUCGUUUUAGUACCGUUCGGUUGGCAUUGCACGUCAGCUGUGUUUUGUGUACGCUGUCAAUUCGACACCGUCCAAAACCACAAAAAUGAGUCUAACGAUCGAAAAAACGAAAUACGAGUGUGCCGCUCUGCCCAAGCGAUGGCAGCGCGACGACAUGCUGCGAAAAACGGGGCUCUCGGUGGGGAAAGUGGACGUGAUGUACUACAGUCGCGGCGUCCGCAACGACGCCUCCCUGGUGCCCCCCAUCCGGCAGACGGCCUCGAUCUUCAAGCAGCCGGUCACGGUGUACAAAACCCAAGAAAGCAAAGUCAAAUCGGACUACAAGAACGGCAACCAGGAGAAGCCGAAGCAGCUCAUCUGGGAGAAGCGGCUGGAGGGGCUGCGGGCUUGCGACCUCGACGGGACGGAGUUCGAGGCCAUGGAGCUGCCCAAGGGGCUCAAGCCCGUGGGGCCUAAUGUUAGUGAAGAGACGAUUAUCCAGAGUGUGGCGACGGCGCUGCACGUGUCCACGCAGCCGGUGACCGGACAGACCGGCAGCAAGUCGGCGCUGGAGAAGAACCCGGGGGUGUUUCUGGACCCUAAGCAACCGCUAGUGCAAGCCGUGAAUAUUUCAGACGAUGACAUUAAGCGACAGGAGGACAGGGUGGCUCUGGCGAGGAAAAAGCUGCAGGAAGCGUUAAAGUCAUAGGACGGCGGUUUUGUUUAUUUAUUGUAGGUAGCUUUAAUUGUACUUUAAUGAAGGACGAUUUAAGUUGUAAUUUGUUUAAUGUAGCAAUAAGGUUUAAUUUAAUGGUUUGUGACGAUAAGGUGGGACGCGAUCACUGACCGAGUUAGGAUAUGAUUAAGUAUUGGUAGGUGAUAUUUUCGUAAUUUUCAAUACGAUGAAGUAUUAAGAAAACAUGUGAAUCUUCGUGGUUAACACUGUGGAGCGUGAUCAGGUUGCUAUUGUUCAAUAAAAUCGACAGUUGUCUGAG